AUGCACGGUCUCGCUAAAAACGUUCCGGCCAACCUGGGGCAAGUCACCUACAAGACCUCGCUGCUGCAUCUCCAGCCGCGGCAAAUGACGCUCAUGAUCACCGAGCUCCGCGAUGACUACCCAGUCGGCCCGGACCCCACCUUCAAUCCGAACAUAUUCUCCGAAGAUGAGGAGGAAGUCUUCCAGUCGAACGACACGAACGAUUCACCUUCGCACCACAACAAUAACAACAUACGGAGGAAGCUGACCCUCAGCGAAAGAAUCAACAACUCGAACAACAUGAAUCAGAGCGACACGUACAAUUCGAACAACAACAUCCCGACCGGAGCGGCGCUCGCUCGUGCCGAGUCGUACGAGGAGUUCCCCUACAUCGACACGAUAGCGAGCGACUCGAUGAACAACGUGCCCGAGAACGUGUACAAUUCGACGCCGCCCUUACGGCACACGCCAGCGGCCGAAAGGAGAGUGAACAACGCGGCCGGCGUGCCCAGUCGACACGCAAUCUCCCCGUUGCGCUGCGAAGGAUCCGUGCCCACGCUGCAGUCGCCCAAGAAUGCGGUCGCACCCACCGAUAUCAUAUUCGAGAGGCCGUCCCCGCAGACGGUCGCGUGCGGCGGCCGCGGGGACUUCUGCGGCGGCCGCGCGGACUACGGCGUGCGCGGCGACGGCGUCUCACUGAAGGCCAACCUGCCCGGCGUCGACCAGCAGACGUUCGGGCUCAACCUCGGCCUCGAGCCGAGCAGGCAAGUCACGAUCAAGAAGUGCGACGGCCCCGUCGCCGACAACUGUCUCUCGAAGCUCCGCAAGAACAUCUGCGGGCGCGGCGAGGCGACCGCCUACGACGUCAACACGAGGAUUCUCAAAUCGCUCUGCAACAAGAGCUACGAGCACGAGGUACACCCGGACGCGCUCGCGCGUCGCGCCGACACUCUGCGGGGGCUGCAGAAGGGCGACGAUCUCAAGUACAUAGACGAGGAGACGGCCGGCGACCCGUUCCCCGGUGACCGCGGGCGCGUGCAGCGCACCACUACCGUGGUCGCCAUCAGUCCCGUGUGCGCCGCCGGCCCGCUCUACGACACGAUGACGCGCAGCUGUAGCGUCGGCUACCUCGACCUGGUGGACCCGCACGCGCGCGUGAGCCUGGCCGCUCUGCGCGAGCCCCCGCGCCGCCUCGUGCUCGUCAGCGACAAGCGCCGCCGGCUGCGGCGCGCCGUCCGCGCCCUCGACCCGCGCCCCGCCCCACCGCUCCAGCGCUGCGGCAAGUCGCGCAGCCUCGACUCGAGCGAGCUCGCCUUCGCCGCGGACAAGCGGCCGCGGGAGCCGGCCCCGCCCGCCGGCCCCCCGCCGCGUCGCGACAGCACCGGCGACGACGACCCCCUCACGAGCGGCGACGACCGCGCCUAUGAGCCGUGCGCCGCGUGCCGCGCCCCUGCCUCCACCGCGCGAGGCGCGUGCGCCGCCUGCGGCCGGACGCCGCCGCCCGCGCUCGCCCCCGCGCCCCUCCCCGCCCCCACCGACUCCGACUCCGACUACAGCAAGUAUUAUAGUUAGUACAAUAAGUAGACGCUUCGCUCUCCCCUCUGCACGACUCGGCGGCUACGUCGACUCCGUUCGCUCGAGCCUCGCCGGGGGGUUUCUGGAGACGCGCCGAGCCAUUUCGCUUUUGAUCUCGGUGCACGCCUCCGGCAUGAAGCUUUCUCUCGCUUCGUAUCUCCGACUAUCGCCAACUUCUUUCACGCUUAUAUCGCAACGAGAGGUACGUAGAUAGCGAUAGAUAUUUUAGAAUGUACGUAGAAACUAUAUUUCUUUGCAC